CUAGUACCGUUCUGUUGUCAUAAAUACUUGUUCAUUUCGUUUUUUAUAGACUGUCGUAACUGUUCAUAUCUUUUCGACAUUUUCCAUACUUCCUAUUUCUGUUGUUGAAGAAUUACUUUUGAUUGAAAUUUUACCCGCAGUCUGGAAUUAUAUUCUAACCACUUUAGAACACCAUAGAUAACAUUUCAUACUGACCUCCAUAUCAAAUCUACACAUUAAUACUUUCAACUAGCACUAAAGUAUGAACUUCUCCUACUUUGUCCUCCUAGUGCAGGUGCUUGUGUUGUCUGUGCUGGCUCUGUCCUCACAAUCGUUGCCCCAGUUCAAAUUCAGUCCGUUUGACUCUCCCGAUUUCUGUUCGCAGAUCAUUACCCCUACUUGUAACACUACCUUCUCAUACAUAGACGAUGUCAACAAGGCAAUCAGACCUUCCAUGAGAGACCUCAUCAAGACGUCCUACUUCCGUUACUUCAAGGUCAACUUGGACAAGCAGUGUAAGUUCUGGAACGCGCAACACUUCUGUGCCACGGAAAACUGCGCCGUGGAGAUCUUGUCCCCUGAACAGUACAACUGGACUAAGGUCAAGAACGAAAACCUCAACCCCUCUAAGUUGGGUAAAAUUGAACGUGUUGGUUCUACUGCUCGAGAUGGAGCUCUUGAAACUGAAGAACCAGAAACCUGCGAAGACUUGGACUACUCGCACAUAGAUGAUGAUCACCAAUGUGUCUACGUAAAUCUCUUAGAAAACCCAGAGAGAUUCACUGGUUAUGGUGGAAACCAAUCGUUUGAUGUCUGGAAAGCCAUCUACUCAGAAAACUGCUUCCCUAAUACCAAUCCUAUGUCUAUGAUCGGAGAGGAGAAGGAGCAGUGCAUAGAAAAGAAUUUGUUCUAUCGACUUGUAAGUGGAUUGCAUGCUUCUAUUGCAGUUCAUUUGUCGAACGAGUAUUUGGAGCCAGAGACUGGUGAAUUUUAUCCAAACUUGCAAGUUUUCAUGAACAGAGUUGGUUCAUUCAACGACAGAUUGGCCAACAUCUACUUCAACUACGCAUUGGUAGCUCAGUCCCUAGUAAGAUUGGCUGAGGUCUUACCUUUAAAAGAGUUUAUUCACUCUGGCUAUGAUGAUAUCUCUCCUGCUCAACAGAAGCACUUGUUAGAGAGCAACGUCCUUGACCCUGAGGAAAAGUACGACGAUUUAUUGUUGAACGAUAUCAUUCCUGCUUUGGCUUCCAACUCAUUAUUUAACACCUCAACUUUGUUUGACCCCUCCUCUGUGGACCCCAAGUUGAAAGACGAGUUUAGGGCUAGAUUCAAGAACAUCUCAGCAAUUAUGGAUUGCGUAGGUUGUGACAGAUGUAGAAUGUGGGGCAAGAUCCAGACCAUUGGUUACGGGACUGCUCUCAAGAUAUUGUUUGAAAGUGAAGAUCCAAAGAACCACGACAUCUUGAAGUUCAGAAGAAUCGAAAUAGUUGCAUUGUUGAACACUUUCGACAGAUUGUCCAAGUCCGUGGAAGCCAUCAACAAUUUCAAGAGCAUGUACUUAGAACAUCUUGAAGAUGUCAAAAAGGGCUUGGCUAAGCCAGGUGAUUACGAAACUAAGCAUAGCAAUAAGGGUGGGUUUGAUUUCCCUUUUUUUUCUACUCCGGAUUCUUCUGCUUCCUCGAAGGGCUCAGAAUCUACAGUAGCAAAGAAAAGAUUGCCACCUCAACCAAAGAAAACCAGCGAAGGAAGCAAUAAAUUGUACUACGUUGAAUCUGAAAAGUUGUACGAUGUCAGUAAGAGAACUUUCAGUGACGAAUUCAAGAUUGCUGCCAACGAAGUGUGGGACGCGUUGAAGUUUGUAUUGUUGAGCUACAAAGAAUUGCCUGCCAACUUGGCAGAGAUUGCUCUUUCGAAGUUGAUAACGUACUGGAAUCUCCUUAUUGGAAAGCAGGUCGUAUUUGACUACAAGAGUGAAGUACCAUUGGUUGACGAACAGCAACAAUACGAUCAAUUAUUUAGCGAGUGAAUUUUAGCAUAAUCCUUUUGUACUUAGCGGUUUAUAGAUUUUUAGGUUCUUUAAAAAGUUACAUGAAUAUUAGAG